UAGUGCAGAUUAGAACUGUUAGCAGCAUGGAUGGAGAGGAUUGUUUCAACAGGCGAUUUUCGCUGGACAGCUUGGGUUAUAUUCUAGACAGAGGUGGAAUCCUGGGGAAGACCAAGAGCAGUAAAAUGAGCAGGAGCUCUGAGGAGAUGAAGGUCCGUGGUCUGGAUGACGCACAUCUACACCUGCUCGAGCUUAACAGGAGCCUCCAAAGAAUCAACACCACACGGACCACCACAGAGGAGGAAGGAACUGAUCACGUAUAUGCACUGUUCAAAUCCAGUAGUUUCAAGAACCACAACAAAACAUUCCUCAAAUAUUUCCCAGAGAUUUUUGAGGUGGAUCAUUUGUCUCAUGCAUUCACCUGUGCCCUGCAGAAGGAAGUGCUCUACCAUGGCAAGAUGUACGUGACCCAGCACCACCUGUGUUUCCACUCUUCCGUUCUACUGAAGGACACCAAGGUUGUGAUCGAUGUGUCCACAAUUCAAGCCAUAAAAAAGAAGAACACGGCGCGAAUCGUACCCAACGCUCUCUCCAUCACCACACGCGAUGGACAAAAGUACCUGUUUGUAUCACUGCGGAACAGAGAUACGUGCUUUGAGCUCCUCCAUUCAGUAUGUCCACAGCCACAGGUUUUAUGUCCCAGUGGCAGUGCUCAGGUUUCUUCUGCAGAAAAUGGCCAUGAACUGCAAGUCGAGACAAUGUCCAGUCACUCUAGCCAGGAGGAGAGCACAGACCAGACCCUCCCAGAGCAGAUCAAGAGUCUAAACUGUACCCUUUCCUUCACAUCCUCGAUUAUCCCCCAAGUACAUGCAAGAAGCAGUUCCACACCACGGAGAAGCACUGGAGGAGAGGGUCUCUUCUCAGAGGAGGAGAACCCACAUGUCUGCUGGCUGACCAUGGUAACAGAGAAGAUCAAGUCUCUUCUGCCCUUAAGUGGCUCAUCCAACAUCAAACAACUCCUUAUUAUCUACCUUAUACUAAUGGUACUCCUGCUUUUAUCAUCUGGGUACAUUGGUCUUCGUAUUGUAGCUUUGGAAGAGCAGCUGAGCACCCUGGGAGCGAUGCCUGAUGAGUUUAACUUACAAAAAGAGUACAAGGAAACCUAACCAACGUAGACGAUUAUAGGUACUAUAGGAGGAGAAAAUGAAGAAAUCUCUGUAUGAUGAAAGAAGAAAUCUCUUACACAACAGUGUGUGCCGUCAUGGACACACAUGCACCGAUCCAGAAACAGCUCCACAACAGCACUUACAGCAGGCCUGUUAAGGCUCUAGUCCCAUACCAAAUAUCUAACCACAUCCCUUAUGGGUGUGCGCUGUUUAGCCGAUGCUGAGAUAUUACUGACCUUUCUUCUCUUUUAGGUAUGGCCCCCUACCUCUGACCUUUUCUCUUUUCCCCGAAAACUCCUUCAUGGGCUGCCUACAGUGCAGUACAUAUCUGUCAUGGAUGUAAACAAUGCAGUGCAUUAACCAUCUGCAUAACUGAUAGGUUAAUAUAUUUCAGAGUGACAUUGAUCUUCAUUUUAAAAGAAAAGAAACUCAUUACUCAU